CGAAGCCAACAGAAAAGGUUUGCUUAAUAGCACACAUUCCCAGCAGAUAAAGCUCAGAAACCUCUCCUUCAGUGCCUAAGGUUAUCCUGGCAAGAUUGUAGUGUGGCUGUCAAAAUUUGAUCAUGGACAACCUUGCUGGAAGUGACAAAGAUACUGGAUCCUUUACAUUUUCGGACAAGAUGAAGUUUUCAGCAUCUGGAUUUACACCCUUUGAAAUAGAUGAACCCAAAGGCCAGAAAAAGACUUGCAAAAGGUACAUUUCGGCUCUGGUUACAAUAUACCUGAUUCUGCUCACUGCAGGCUUCGGACUGUUGGCCUAUAAAGUCUAUGAGAUGAACAAAGACUUGGAAAAGAACAAAGUCAACUUACCUUUAGCAGAAAAACUGGCAAGCUAUUUUGUCAAUGACAGCAUGCUUGCCAAUGAUAUUGAGCAAAUGGAGGCAAGCUCACAAAGACAAGGAGACAAUUGGAUCAGAAAUCUAAAGGAAGAAAUUCACAUAAUCAAACUGAGCAACCAACAUUUACAAUGGAGAAUGACCAAUUUUACAGAACAACUGGAAAGCUGUGCACUUCAAGGGCCUCCGGGACCUCCAGGUGCAGGAUUGCCUGGACCAAAAGGAGAAAUUGGAUCUCCAGGGAUGAGAGGACCUCCAGGUACCCAGGGAGAGAAGGGCGAUACAGGAACCAUGGGGCCAAAGGGUUCAAAAGGAGAGCAAGGACUGCAAGGUUUAAAUGGACUUGAUGGUGAAAAGGGAUCUGAAGGAAAUCUUGGGCCGGCUGGUCCAAAAGGUGAACCAGGAACAAAAGGGGAAAUAGGAGACAGGGGACCUCAAGGUCUUCCAGGACUCCAAGGACCAGCUGGUGGAAAGGGGGAUCUGGGCCCACGAGGACCAGUUGGUCUUACAGGAGAGAAGGGCGUGCAGGGAGAACGAGGCCUGCCAGGUAUACGUGGUCCCCAAGGACCUCCUGGACAACCAGGUCCUGCAGGCAGCAUGGCACCACCAGGAAGUCCUGGACCAAAGGGAGCGCAAGGGGAGAAAGGACAGAAAGGAGAAGCAAGCACCCUUCCAGGAGUACCAGGAGUGAAAGGCGAUCGGGGGGAAAGGGGUUACAAAGGCGAUCCAGGCAUACCGGGAAGUAAAGGGUCGAAGGGAGAUCAGGGAAUGACAGGGAGCAAAGGCAUGCCUGGUGAAAAAGGAAGUAAAGGAAGUGCCGGAUCUAAUGGGGAGAAAGGCGAACCAGGAAGAAAAGGAGACAGAGGCAUUCGGGGAUAUACAGGAGCAACAGGAGCACAAGGGAUUAAAGGUGAAAAGGGGGAUUCAGGCAAGUAUGGGAGCAGUUCUGUUGUAAGACUUGUUGGAGGACAUCAACGUGGUCGAGUUGAGGUUCUGUAUUCAGGAGUAUGGGGUACCAUAUGUGACGACAGCUGGGACACUAAUGAUGGAGCUGUGAUUUGUCGGAUGCUGGGAUUUAGCCGAGUAGUUGAAACCUUCACUGCAGCUGCAGGCUCUGGACAAAUCUGGUUGGAUGACGUGGGAUGUACCGGAAGAGAAUUCUCCAUUUAUUCAUGUGAAAAACGUGACUGGGGUGUAAACAACUGCAGUCAUAAUGAAGAUGCUGGGGUAGAGUGUGCCUAAUGGAAAACAGUUCUGCUCCGAUGUCUGAGAAACAAUACCUUAAUACUGAUGAUUCCACGAAGAAGUGUGCAUGGCACUGUCCUUCAGAGUGUAUCUCUUGGCUAAUCAGAGAAUGGAUUAAUUUUGUUUUACUCCUUUAAUUCCACUGUACCAACACAUCUCUACAUUCUCCUUUGCUGAUCAAGGCUAUUCUAAUUGGGUAUGUGAGGAAUCAACAUCAGUAACUGGGCUCACUUUAUUAGAAGACCAGUAACUGAACUAUUAUUGCAGGGGAAGGGAUGUAGCUCAGUGGUUAGAACAUCUGCCUUGCAUGAGGAAGGUUCCCGGUUCAAUCCCUGGCAUCUCCAGGUAUGGCUGGGAAAUAUCCCUAUCUGAAACCCUGGAAAGUCACUGCCAGCCAAGCAUGGGCAAUGCUGAGCUAGAUCGACCUAAAGUUUAACUUAGUAUAAGGGCACUCCCUGUGUUCCUAAUCAUGACACUGAACAUUUAAACAGGAACUACAUCCUAAUCACAUUAACUUGGGAAUAGGGUCUUUAGAAAGGCCUACAAUCUUGACUGUUUUCAGUAGCCGUCUCUUGUGUAAUGAUUUAUCGUGCUCUUUUGCUGUUGAUGGUUUGGGCUGUAGUCCCAUUUUAUUUGGGCUGGGAGAGCUGGAUGUGUUUUUAUAACUGAUAGGUUUGUUCAUGGUUUGCAUUGGGGAAGUUUGAUGCUUGUAUGUUGUUCCGUUUUUGUGGAAGCUGCCUUGAGAGAGUUUUUCCCUGUAAAGGGCCCCCAUAUAAAUCAAGAAAUGAAGGACCCAUUGAACUCAGGGAUGCUGACUUCUGAGUAAGGAUGCAGAGGAUCCAGAUAGAGGAGGGUGACUUGAAAAAUAUGUGCAGCUGGCUUUUGUAAUUCAAACAUGCCAAAUCAUUUUCCAGGUGUCUUCAGCUGGAUAUUGUCCAUAAACCCAUGGAAACGUACACCACGGAAACACUUCCGAAAGCAGAUGAGAAUUGAGGCAACACUUACAGCCUUUGUCUCCCUGAACCUUAUGAAAGAUAAUGCCCAUGUUUAUUUAGUCUACCUUUCUGUGCCUUGUUCAUAACUUCUUCAUUUCACUAUUUUCCUCUUAGAGCUCUAGCAGUGUUUGGCUGAAGUCACAUGACACUGUCCAUGAUCCCAAGGAAGGAUCUGGGUGUGGAGGAGAGAAAUGAAACUGUUUCUAUUGCCAAAGAGGCAAGCUUCUCCGAGAGAGAGAGAGAGAGAGAGAGAGAGAGAGAGAGAGAG